UUGCAUGGGUGACAUCACUGGCUUUUGGCUCAGUGCUCUGUAUUCUGUGUCUGUAGGCUUUAGCCAAGGCUGCAGGGCUCAGUGUUUGAACAAGGAAAGAUUCCCUGGUGUACAGAAGGUUGGAUUCAUUCUUAUUUGGGUUAAAAACGGUGAAAUGAGAUUUCUAAAGCUCGUGGACUCCAGCUUCCUUUCUGUUUCACCUGACCUCUGCAAGAUGGAUGGGAAAUGUGCCUGUGUGGCUAAGAGAGCCUCGCCUGAGAAACUGAAGCUGUGGUGAAAAAGGAAGCUUUGCAAUAACAGAAGGGAGGAAAAAAGCCACACAAAGAUGCUGUGCUCUAGGACUGCUUUAUUUGCUGCCUAACUGGCACAGGCUCAAUCCAUGGUGGUGAAUCCUGCAUCUCCUCCAACCCCCACUCUCCAGCUGCCUCACACUCCUACUGAGGACCAGAGAGGUUGCUGCGUUACUUUAGAUGAGAGAGCAGAACCGCUGUUCUGUUAGUAAUUUGGUACACUUGAGCUUUAGCAAGUCAAGGAAAGAAAUUGUUAGCAUUAGGUUGCCUUGAUGACAGCAGAGACAACAAAACAAACCUUGCGAGCAGCACAGCUGGGAGAGAAGGAGAAGUGAUCUUGAAACAAAGAUGUCAUUUGCUGCAAAUCUCCACCAAGUCUGCUUAAUGGAAAGGCCCCCGCAAGCCUGAAUUUCUUAUUAGACCGGGAAAGAUUUUUUUUUUUUUUUAAACCCAGGAUUGAAAUUAAAGCAUCCACCACCCAUUUUUCCUCUCGACCCUGCUUUCAAACAAACCAGCUGACCAGAUGGUGUUCUUUCUGAGCUACUGACAAAGAAAAGGCAAAUCAUGGAUUUUUGAAAUCAGGAUAAUUGGCUGCUUGAAAUCAGAAGAUUUCUGGCCACCGAACUGUCCCCUUCUGUCCUGUGCUCCUGUGAUGUGAUAGUUAACCUGAUGAUAUUAAAGCCAUCCUUCUCUGAGCUAGCCAGAUCGAAUGGACUGAAUGCACAGCCAUAGCCUUCAAAUCACUUCAAGUGACUAUUCCCCAACCACAGUUAACUUUUGUGUGCAUGCACAGGGGCAGACACCUCUGUAGGUGAUUCACUGGGCUCCCAGCUGUUUUACUGUAGCCCGGUAUCCUCCUUGCAUGCCCUGCACUGAAAGACUUGAACCUCAAGAGAGACACAUGAGGGCCCAGGACUCUCUCCAGGGCAGAACUUUUUUGAGCUUUUAGUGUCUUCAGCCACUUGGAUGUGAACCACAGUUGUUGACGUUUAAGGUGGACUCUGUCCAGUGACAUCCUGCAGCUGCUCCUGGAGGAUUUGUGUGGUCUCCCAUUGAAGGGCUUUCCCUUUUGUGAAGAUGUCCAUGGUGUUUCUGUGAAGCUGAGGUAUGGCUGCUGGAAGGUUGCUGCUCUAUGCUGGCCUCUCUUUAGCUUUGUGUGCCCUGGGCAUGCUGGCUGUGGCAAUCUGCUCUGACCACUGGUAUGAAACUGAUGCCAGGAAGCACAGGGAGAGGUGCAAAACCAUCACUACUAAGAGAAAUGACCCUGGCUUCAUUUAUAACUCCAACAAUAACCUGCCUCUCAGGGCCAGCAGGUCUAGGUUGGACCGCUGGGAAGGGAAACUCCUCUUGGCAAGAAACAGGAGGCAGCUCUUUGCUAUGAGUGCAGCUGAUGAGUGCAACAGACAGUAUAACUCGACAAACAUGGGGCUCUGGAGAAAAUGCCACCGACAAGGAUUUGACCAAGAACUGGAGGAGCUGAUUGCUAAAGGAGCAAUUGAUCAGUGCACAUAUAUCAAGUACCACUACUCCUCAGCAACAAUUCCCAAGAACCUCACCUACAACAUCACCAAGACGAUCCGCCAGGACGAGUGGCACGCCCUUCACCUGCGCAGGAUGACAGCUGGCUUCAUGGGCAUGGCUGUGGCCAUCAUCCUCUUCGGAUGGAUUAUAGGGGUGCUGGGAUGCUGCUGGGAUCGAGGCCUUAUGCAGUAUGUGGCGGGGCUUCUCUUCCUCAUGGGAGGAACCUUCUGCAUUAUUUCACUGUGCACGUGUGUGGCUGGAAUCAACUUUGAGCUGUCCCGCUACCCCCGCUACCUGUAUGGACUUCCUGACGACAUCAGCCAUGGCUAUGGCUGGUCAAUGUUCUGUGCUUGGGGAGGCCUGGGCCUCACUCUUAUCUCUGGCUUCUUCUGCACCCUGGCCCCUUCUGUCCAACCUGUCCCCAGGACCAACUGCCCCAAAUCCAGACCGGAGAAUGGGACAGUGUGCUAAAAC